GAGGUCUCCACGGCCAAGGGCAGGUAUGAGGUUGGUUUGGAGAAGCUGAGCUCUGCAGCCGCCGAUAUUGCAAUUAUGUCAAAGGAGCUGAUUGAGUUGCAGCCCAAGCUGGUGCAGGCCAGCAAGGAGGUGGAUGCAACCAUGGUGAUUGUGGAACAGCAGAGCACAGAGGCGGCCAAACAGGAGAAGAUUGUGCGUGCCGACGAGGCGGUUGCCAAUGAACAGGCAAGUGCCGCUCAGGCCAUAAAACAGGAACUCUUACACCAGCUGUGA